GUGCAUCUAUCAAUCAAGUCUUCCAAAGACUCUUUGAUGUGAAUCAAGUUGAAGAAGAAAAAAUCACCGAUAAAGUGUCUGAUAAAGCGUCUGAUAUAUAUAGGUUCAUCUUGAGGAAAAGUUUACAACUAGUGACCUCACCCCCAUAUAUAUACAGCUCUGUUCAAUUAGACGUGGGUGCUCCCGACUGUGACUGUUUGAGUUGCAAAGAGAGACUUAACAGUCUCGUUCAACUAUGGGUAGCAGCCCAUCAGAAUACAACGGCGCCAACUGUAGCGUGUGUGGGCGGAGUCUACCCCCCUGCAAGGAUUGGAGUGGCUUUAAGCUACAAACAAUCGACCGUGUGUUUCGUGUAGACCAAGUCUAUGUCUUCCUAGGAGGCCAAUACUACCGAAUCAAGGGCCUACCCUCCUACUAUUGUCCGACAGAUUUCUGGGACCCUGAACGGAAGUUCGAAAAAGAGAAAGAGGUAAAUGGUAGUAAAGAGGACAAGUUAAAACGACAGGAGUUGCUAAAACGAAAGGUGGAGCUAGAACGACAGGCGAAGCUAGAACGACAGGCGGAGCUAGAACGACAGGCGGAGCUAAUAAAACAACAGGCGGAGCUAAUAAGACAACAGGCGGUAGAGGAGCAAAAACGACAGGCGGAGCUAAUAGCGCAACAAGUGCUAAGACAACAACAGGAGGCACUACGACAGGCGGAGCUAAUAAAACAACAGGCAGAGCUAAUAAGACAACAGGCGGUAGAGGAGCAAAAACGACAGGCGGAACUAAUAGCGCAACAAGUGCUAAGACAACAACAGGAGGCACUACGACAGGCGGAGCUAAUAAAACAACAGGCGGAGCUAAUAAGACAACAGGCGGUAGAGGAGCAAAAACGACAGGCGGAGCUAAUACUACAACAAGUGCUAAGACAACAACAGGAGGCACUACGACAGGCGGAGCUACAACGACAGGUGGCACAACGACAGGCGGAGCUAAUACUACAACAGAUGCUAAGGCAUAUGCGGAUGGCAAGCCCGUCAGUGAGCCGGUCAGUGAGCCGGUCAGUGAGCCAGUCAGUGAGCCGAUCAGUGAGCAGGCCAUUUUCAGCCAGUACAAGGUCUCAAGCUCCAAUACAAACAAUGCGGGCACAAUACAAUGACAACAUUCCCGAUGAUGCAACCUUCCUUGAGAAUGAAACAGAUGAGGAAAUCGAUACAGUUACUACUGAUCUUGUCCAGGCUGUCAGCACCAUUAUCGAAAAUCUCCAACACACCCCUAAAAAAAAGCAACAGCUUGACAAUUGGUGGUUGAAGGCAGCCCAAACACUCCUGCUCACUCAUUACAUGCAGUCCAACAGUUUUCCAUCUGCUGAGAAAGAUCAGCUACUUGAUUUUCUAGUCUUCCUUCAGACUGACCUUGGAGAUGAUGAUUGCCUUGUACUUGCGGGAAGUCUUGCGCGCCUUACCGAAAUCCGUCCCAUCGAUAUGGCAACAACUUUUACCUUUGACGCUUCUCUUCCCCUAACAGCGAUAUUGGCCACCAUUCUACUGCAAACAGCAUCAUAUGGUAGCUCCCUGUGGAUGCAGCGCUGUCUGUACACAUACACCAUGGCUAACACUGACGAUGAAGUGAUGCAAACAAUGUACCUGAAAAGUGCUGGUGAGGACUGGACAACUAACCAACAAAUGACCUUCUUCAAGUUGUGUAAUGAAGCACUGCCAAACGAAGACCACAAGAAAAUGUUACAAAUGAUUCAGACGUAUUGUGUAAAGAGCGGAUUUGUCAUGCAAGCAUUGGAAAAAUCUCCUCAAACCGCACUGUCAGUUGUUGAAACAGAAAUCAGGAAUGAGCUUCCCCGACGUGUACACGAUAUCGGCAUUAACAUUAAACGAGUCGAACCGAAUCAUUUCAAUAUGAAGUCCAUAUUAUGGGUCACUAAACGUGUUUUUUCUAGACUCCCCGCCUUAUCCGUUGCAACCAAUUAUGAAAUUACUCUCCAGAAAAAUCUGGCGAGGAGCAAAAUAGUUUUCAAGAAUAUUCGUAACUACCUGACAGAUGACUUGGCUAUGGCUGAAGUUAUAAUCACUCUCUGCUGUGCCUGCCUAAAAUUCAAGGGAUGGUAUCCCCGCCGCCCACAAAUAAUGGCUCUCCUGAUUUUGAUCAACUUUGAUCAACUUGACUUCAACUUACUUCUAGAGGCAAUAACUGGUGAGGGAAAGUCCCUGAUUGUGGUAUUGUUUGCCGUAAUUCUUGCACACCAAAACAAGCAUAUCGACGUGGUGACCAGCUCUCCUAUCUUGGCUGUGCGAGAUGUGGAAGAAUGGGAGGAAUUCUUCCAAUACUUUGGAGUGACAGUCGGCCACAACACAUCCCUCAACAGAUAUGAGAAUGCUGAUAUGAAUGAAGUACUGACCGAUUGCUACAAGAAGCAAGUUGUCUACGGCACUGUGGGUAAUUUUGCAGGUGACAUACUCCGUCAAGAAUUCGAGCAAAAUAAUAUCAGACAAGGCAGACGAUUUGAUGUUGUAAUCGUGGACGAGGUGGACAUGCUGAUGCUGGAUGAAGGUGUUCAAUUCACCUACCUCUCCCAUAAAGCAGCCAUUUUGAAGCAUAUGGAGCCAGUAGUAGCUGCCGUCUGGGGUAUGGUUGGACCGCUGAAUCUAUGCAGGACCACCGAUGGAGAAAUCCUGUAUGCUGGAAGCCCAAACUUAUUCACUCAAGCCAUUUAUGAAUGUCUUGACCCAGAAAUCUCUCUUGUGCAAUCUCACGAACAUAUCCUGUUAAUUGCCAAGGAUUUGGGAAUCUUUACUGAGAAUCAGUAUGCAACAUUACUGCAGGACGACCAAGAAGCUAAAAAGACAACUAUUGCUGAGUUUACAAUCGAUCAAACCCUUGCAUUGAUUUCCGGCCUGGCUGAUUACGAAAACAUGCCCGAGUUUAAAGCUUACACUAUCGAUAGUGUGGGGGCAUUGGAGGCUGUUACUGCUGUCGAGUAUGAAGAUUCUGCCGAGAAGCUCCUAAUGCUUGGGAAUGGUCUGGCUUGCAUACUCAACACUCGCUACGAAAUCAUUGACAGGGGCACAGAAAUCGUGAAAACAAAGCUCAAUUUUUCCGACAAAGAGAGUGAUGCAGUCAUUAGGGUACCGAAACACUUGCAAGAUUUUGUCAUCAGUCAACUCCCAGCCUAUGUAGAGAAUGCUCUGCGUGCCCUUCACAUGGAAGAAGACAGAGAAUAUGCCAUCACGAAAGGCAAUAUAAUUCCAGUUGAUUUUCAAAACAGUGGAGUUAUGGAGCUCAAUAAGACAUGGGGAGGGGGGCUACAGCAGAUGCUCGAGAUGAAACACGGUCUCUCCAUGACUCCCAUCUCUCUAGUGACCAACUUCAUGUCCAACGUAGAAUUCUUCUCGAGAUACAAGGGUAUCUAUGGCAUGUCUGGUACACUUGGUCUAGACGAACAAAGCAACGCCACUACCAUCCUCCACGAGCUGUACAAAGUUGACGUCGGUAGUAUUGGGACUUUUAAAGUUCAAAAAUUAGUUGAGGAACCCGCUCUGAUUGUGGAGAGCUAUGAAAAAUGGUUUAAGACAAUUGUCGACAUUGUCAGAAAAGAAAGUCAAGAGGUUGCAUCCUGGAAGAAGGGCAGGGCCUCACUCAUUCUCUGUGAAGACAUUAGAACUGCCGAAUACUUGAAGGCGUACUUUGUGGAUACUGAGGACUGGCCAGAGGACAAGGUGUAUCUGUACGCUCACAGUAACUCUGAGCAACUCUCCAGCAUCGAUAAGAUGUUUGGUCCUGGUGAAAUCAUCAUUGCCACUAACCUUGCCGGUAGAGGUACUAACAUCAAAGUGACGGAUGAAGUCAAUGCAAGUGGUGGUCUGCUCUGUCUGAUGACAUUCCUGGCUCGAAACAGGAGAGUGGAGUUACAAGCCUUUGGCCGAACAGCCCGUGGAGGCCAGCCUGGAUCUGUUCGUUGCAUUCUCAACUAUGCUACCAUGCCAGCAAAGUACUAUGGGAUGAAUAUCGAAGAGAUCAGAAGUAUGAGGGCUGAGGAUGAAUCAAUUCGUCUGAGAGAGCUGCUAGACAGUGACGUAAAAGAGGUUCAACUCAAGGAAAAACUGUUCAAAGAAUAUUGCCACUUCCUGCAAAACGUAUAUAAAAAGAGUGAUGGAAGAGAUGACCAAACAGUCAUAAUUAAUGCCUACAACGAGAUGUGGGCUCAGUGGCUGAUGAUGAGGAGCAAUAAAGUGGAGAUGCUGCUGGAAAAAAAUUUAACUAGUGAGCUUCAAGGCAAGCUAAAUGGCGAUUGGAUACCUAAAUUUUCAGCCCAUCCUAUUUUUCCCUCCACUUUUGUUGCUGCAAAUUUCUAUCACUAUAUCCAGUUCGGCAACCAGAUUCUCACAUCAGCAGAUGAGGAUGAAGACACUUUGUGGGCAAUUCCUCACUACUCAAUGAGCAUACAAUUGGAGCCACAAUACUCAACCAUUGCUUAUUACAACCGUGCUUACGCUAUGAUUGUAUCCGAGAGACCAGACAACAAGAAGAAUGCCAGAGCAGACAUUGAAGCUGCUAUUGCGGGCCUCGACCUAUACCUUGGUGAGGUGUCUACAGUCACCCAGUGUGUGGCCACUGUUGGACAGACAAAAGUGUUUGAGAGAAGAGAAGCUAAUGACUUUGGUGAUGGAGAACUAAAAGCCGACAUGAAUUCUCAAGUCCUAGCUCGUUUUGAGAUCCUUCAUUUCGUACGGGAGAAAAUGCAAGAAGCCAUUCAGAAGAUCGACUCCAUCAGUGGAGACAUCAUUGCCAAGCCUGUCGGUAUUUUCGCUCUCCUCCCAGAAGCUGACCACACCAUUUCCCUGGAGUUGGCUAGAAUGUGGGAACUCGGGCUUGAGAUUGUGUAUACAAUUGAAAAGAAGCCUCGCUUCGUUUGGGAGGCACUGAUUGUGUUCUUAUUGGGUGUGGCUCAGAUUGUGGCUGGUGUGCUGUUGACAGUGUUCACUGCCGGGGCUGCAGCACAGUUUGGAAUGGGCCUCAUUGGAGAAGGUAUCUCUGACUGCAUUGACGGUAUUGAGGGUAUGAUUACUGGAGAAUUCAGUUGGGCAGAGUGGGGCAUCUCUAAGGCAACUAGCAUCGCUCUGUCCCUCGUGACAGGAGGUUUGAGCCGUCUCGCUUCCACUGGACUCAAAGCUAUCAAGCAUGGCUUCAAGGCGGCUAAGCGAGCUGGAAAAACACUCAAGUCCAUUCCUAAGAUGGUGGGCAGCACUACCAAGAGUGCUGCUAAAGCAAACCUGAAAACUGCUUCCAAGUAUGUGGCAAAGGAAUCUGUCAUGCAGGGAGUUUCGUAUGGGACUUCUAAAAUCUUAAACUUGGCUGUCAAUGAAGUUACUAAGUUGAUUGGAGAAAAAUUGAAGGAGAGUUUCCUCAGAAUAAUUCGUACGUCCUUCACAUCUGGCUACCUGGGACAGGUGGUCGAUGGCAGAUUCAUUGCUGAGCUGAAUACAUACUACAAGGACAAAGCAAACGUUCCAGCCUCCAUGUUGAGCAGUGGCAAGAAGAUCUUUAGCAAUGUUGGGGAAUCUGUCACUAGCAAACUCAACAACAACUCUGAAAUAAAAGAGCGAAUAACUACAACAUCCUUGGAUCUUUUCGCAGAACUUUCACAGAAGAGCAAAAAGUUGAAAGGGAUUGCAAACUUUGCACAAUCGGCUAUCGUUUUGACAAUAGUGACCGACACAGUGGCCAGUUUAGGUUUCCUAGUGGAUGAGUUUCCAACGAAAAUGGAAGACGUUAGCCGAGAAUUCAUCGAAGAUCAGAAAAUUGUAAUGUCCGGCAAGUCUGCUGAUCCAUACAGAGGCUACAGUUGUGCGAACAAACUCAAGAACGAUCUUGCUGAUCACGCUGGCGAUGUCUUUGCUAAUGCAGUUGAAGUUCUUUUGCAAGGGAAAUUGCGUCCACUUGUCGGUACCGGCUCAAUGUCACACAGGUUCAACAGAUUGACCCACAAAGUUGUAGGAAACUAUGUGCUCAAGACAGACAAAACGAUUGAAGAUAUAAAGAGUAUUCAACAUGCCAAUUAUAUACGUGCAGUUGGUUUUGAUACUGGUUCUGGACGCGCCAGCAACAUUGCACUGGUCAAGGUCUACACCAAGAAGAUGGCUAGCUCUGACACUCCUGGGUCUCUGAUGGAGCUGAGAGUAGCCGCCGAACACUAUGGCCAGAAGGUCACCAUCUACACUGAGAAAAAUGGCAAGCUCAUCAAAGAUACCGUUAUUAAUCCGUCCAACAAGAAGACACAAGAUGAGAUUAAAUUGGUGUAUAUCCCCCCACCUAAUCCCAAUUCAGUUGGCCAUUACGAUGUCUUGAUCAGUGGAGUUCGUAAGAGAGUUGAAGCUGACCAGAGCAACUGUCUGUUCCACGCGUAUGCCUUCUCACGAAAAUCCGACCUCACACGCUCACAACUCAAACAAGAGGCUCUAUGGUUGAGACAGACUGUUGUUGAUGACAUUGCUAAUAAUCCCGGUAAAUUUGCCGAGCAUAUCAAGCUUAGAGUACAAAUGGACAAUCUCCGCAGAGGAAAUCGAUUUGCCUUGAUUGGAGCCGGACCACGUGAUGAAGGAACUAAGAUCCUGGAUGGUUUCUACAAGCAAGAAGCCAAAGGAGAUAAGAUUUUCACUAUGUAUGAGCAGGCAAAUGGCGUCAAAUGCAAGGCCUGGAGAAGGUACAACAAAAAUCUCACUGUGGACGCUAAUGGUGAUGUUCAAGAAUCAGAUGCUCGAUUGCAAGACUUCGAAGUUGAGAUGGAGGGUCUCAACCUGGCAACUGCCGCUGGAAAGCGUUGCUGGGAUACUAAGCCAGUGGUGGGCAUGAUAAAACGCGGUCCUGGUGCAGAUGCUAGGGACUCUGAAGUAUCAUACCACUUGUGUCCUAGUCGAGGGGGAGCUAAUGCAGGAGACCAGUAUGCUAACGCUAUACCUGCAAGCGCACAUUACAACAACCUUGAGAAGUACAUCUGGACUAAACCAAUGAAACAGAUGCUGGGAAGUAAAAACUUCUCAAUGACAGUGAAAGGACUCUGUGGAGGAUUAGAUGAACGAAUGUAUGAUGGAAAACGAGAUAUCGACGCUCCAACAAAAGAUUUGCUAUCUAAGAGGUAUGCCUUGAUUGAAAAGAAAGAGCCAAGGGCAUACAGGCUACUAUCUGGGUCAAGUUUCAUUAUCAAAAUACCACCUGGAGUCACUUUAACUGCGACUGAUAUUAACGAUAUAAGUGAGGCUACAUUCAAGAGUGAUGACGAUAUUGGAACCGACACUAACCUUGCUGAUGGAACAAUAUCAAUUAUUAUGCCUACGGAUAGCGAGCUGUUCAUACCUAAUGACCUCACCAGGUUGCAGCCCAAUGGAGAGUUGUAUGCGGGUGAGCUGGUCCAUGCAAGGAUGAAGCAGCCAAAACUGAAGGUUCACAGAUCAGUACCGUAUCGGGUCAGGGCCCCGGCCCCAACUCCUGCAAAAACGCCACAAGACAAGCUUGAUUUUGCAAGGGAUUUUGCCCUGUUUAUUGCUUGAAGCAUUAAAAAAAACUUUUGUUAUGUAGUAACUUGUAGUUGUAGUUGUAGUCUUAUCUAUAUAGUGUGUAGGGUUCAAGAGCCAAUCAGAGUUAGUAUACCGUCAUAUAGCAUGAAUGAAACAUGAACAGAGCAGACUGUUUAGUUUAGGUUGAGUAUAUUCAUAGCAUAGCUAUAGUAUUUUUUGUUAGCUUAUUCUGAGUUUUAUGUAGACUCUAUAGAUCUAGUUAUGAUCCUUAUAUGCUGAGUAGUAUAAUUAUCGAU